CAUCGGCGUUUUGGUUUCUGAUAUAGUCGCAGUAAUUUUCCCAGCAUGUAGACCAUGUAGACCUACAAUGUUACUUGUAUCAAACUACCACUACACAUAUAUAAUAUUUUUGAUAUGUGUAUUAAUCCACCAAGCAACAUUUUGGAAUUCGCGCAUGCCUGACAAAGACAGGGAGGGACGACGCUGAGGAGUUAUCCACGACCCCGAAACAUCGUCAACUGGGAGUCUUCAGCGUGUCGUUACGCGAACCAAACACCACUCUAUAUUUAUUUUAAUUUUUCAAACAAAAUAAUAACAAAUAAUAAUAUAAUAAUUGUUGUGCAAUAUAAAACAGCUUAAUGAUACAAAAUUUAUUUUUAAUAAUAUUAAAUUUAUAAAAAUGAAUAAAUCAAAAAUUAAAAAAUAAUUUUAUUUACCUUCUAAUUUAAAUAAAUUAUUUAUUCAUUUUUUUUUUUUUUUUUUUUCAAUUUAACAACACCUCGUGGUUGUUGAUGUCAAGUAGAAAAAAUAAAAAUAAAAAAUUUAACCAUGUGAUAGUCAUAAUUGAGGGUGGUGAUUUUUAGGGUGGUUUUAUUUUAUUUUAUUUUAUUUUAUUUCAUUUCAUUUCAUUUCAUUUUAGUGGGAUAAUAAAAAUAACAAGUUGUGAAAAAUUUAUUAAAUUAAAUUUAAAAUAUGUGGUUUUAUUUAAAAUAUAUUGUGAAAUGAUUAUAUUAAUUAUAUAUGAUUAACAAAACAAUAAUAAGAGUGCUGAAUAUAUAUAUAUUUUUUUUGUGAGUCAAUAAAACGGGUGGAUGGGAAAUAAAGUUACGGGACUGGUUACGAUCGAUGGUGCUCUCUCUCAACAUAACAACUGGCAACUGAUAUUGUGAUGAUCCACAUAUUAUCAUCAUCCAGCUGCCAAAAAUAAUUAUAAAUAAAUUUAAAGACAAUUUUAAUAUAAUAUAUAUGACCAAAAUCAAUUGACUUAUUUUUUCAUUAACAAAAUAAUAAAAUGCAAUAUAAAAAAUUCUUUACAAUUUAUGAAAUUUGAUUAUUAUUGAAAUAUCUUUUGUUGAUAUUAUUUUAUGGAUAUUCUAUUUUAGUCUAUUCAAAAUCAACAAUAAAUUAUAAAAUAUUUCAUCACCUUUUGAUGAUUAAUUAAUUUAGUCUAAAUUUAAUCAUUGGUAUAGUCAAAGUGCAAUAUAUAAAAAUAAUAAAUAUCAUGAUGAUGAUGAUGAUGACUUUGACGUGAUGCAUUAAUAACUUGUUCAAUCACUUGAACUAGUAGUAUAUGUACAUGAAUAAUAUAUUUAAAUAAAAAUAAUUGACCCAAAUAAUUUUAAUUGAUGAAAUUAAAAAUAAUCAACAUUAAUAAUAAUAAUAAUAAUAAUAAUCAUAUCCUCCCUUCUUGGUCUAACUGUUUACCUUUAAAUUGACCAGUUAGAAUGGGCCUCAGUUGCCUUACAAAAACAUUCAGCAUUGCUGAUAAAUUAUAUUAUUUAUUAAAUAUAAUAAUAUUAUAUAAUUUAAUGUUAAUUAAUAAAAAAAUAUUGCCUGGUGUAAUAAAUAAACACCAGACAACAAAAAUAAUAAUAUUAAAUAAUUAUAUUGAGAAUGCAGAGAUUGCGUUCGACCUUCAAAAGGUCGCGCACACCGACGGGGGCGGAAAUGAAAUCACAAUCAAGUUUAGAAGUACCAAAACAAAUACGUUCAGCAUCAUUCGAUGAAAUACAACUUGAAGCAAAACGUCAAGAUGAACAAUUGUCAUCAUCAUCAUCAACAACAACAACAACAACAACACCAUCAACAUCAAAAUUAAGUGAAAAAAAUCGUACAUCAACACUUCGUGUACCAAAAAGUGGACAAAGAUCAAAAUCAUUUGAUAUUUAUGAAAAAACAUCAUUAAUACCAUCAUCACCAUCAGCAAGAUCAUCUGGUUCAUCUGGUUCACGUAAAAGUGAUACAUCAUCAUUGGCACAAUACACCGGCUGUUAUCAUUGUGCAUGUGUUAAAGCAUACAAAGCUCAAUUUUUAAAUAGAGAUAAUGACAGUGAUAGUGAUUUAAAUAAUGAUCCUUAUAUUGAUUACGAUUAUCAUGAUGAUGAUGAUGACGAUGAUGAUGACGAUCAAGAUAACAAUGACAAUCAAGAAGAAGACGAUGAUGAUGAUGAUGAUAAUAAUUAUCAAAGUAGUUAUGGUAUUAAUUAUCAUGUUGAUAAUUAUGGCCAUGAUGAUGACGAUGAUGAUGAUAAUGAUGCUGCUUAUGAAGAUAUUGAUGAUGAUGUUAGUUUACCAAUUGACGAUUCAAUUGAAUCUGAUGAAAAACAUGAAAAACAUGAAAAACAACCACGUGAUAGUAGUAGUCCAGAAAUACGUGUGACAUUAAUAAAUUUUGAUGAUAAUAAAAUUAAAAAAAAAAAUAUAACAAUACCAAAUGAUUAUUAUCCUGGUGGUGGUAUUGAUAGACCAAGAAGAUUAUCACGUCAAGAAGCUGUUAUAUCAUUUCCACUCGAGUUACCAUCUAUCAAUGCUCCAGAUGAUGAUAAUGAUGAUGAUGAUGAUGAUAAUAAUAAUAAUGUUUGUAAUAAAAAUGGUGUUUAUAAUGAGGAUGAUGAUGAUGAGGAUGAAGAUGGCGAUGAUGAUGAUGGUGAUGAUGAUGACGAUGACGAUGAUGAAGAUGAUGGUGGUAAUAAUAACAAUAAAUUUAAACUUGUUGUUGGUGAUAUAUUUUUAACAGUACCAGAAUUAAAAAGAGACCGAGCAGCAUCAGUUGAUUCAUGUUUUAAUAAUAAUAAAAAUAAUAAAAGUGAUUGUAGUAAUUCAUUAGCUGUACCACAACAAAAUACAAGAUCAAAAAGUGUUGAUAUUGUAUUACCAACUGAUCAACAAACAAGAUAUACAGCAUUAUUACCAAACAAGGAUCAACGUACCAGAGGAGGAAAAGAAGAGAGACCAGCAGCAAGUGGCGAUAGAGAGCUACGAACAACACCAGAUUGGGGACCAGGUUCAAUUAAUGGAGAGCAUCUCUGGGUAUCAACAAACGCCUCUGGUGAUUUUUGCUACGUCACAGAUUGCUCGAAACAUGGAGAAAGAUUAAAAUGUGCAGCAUGUCGUGUAUCUGCUCACAAAUAUUGUUUACCAAAAUUAGAUUUUGAUUGUAAAGCUGGUUAUCGUGAUGUUGGUGUACGUCAAUAUCGUGAACAAACAUCAACAGAUCAUCAUUGGGUACAUCGUCGUUCACAAAAAGGAAAAUGUACAAAUUGUUCAAAAUCAUUUCAAUCAAAAUUAAGUUUUAGUUCAAAAGAAAUUGUUGCUGUAAUAUGUAGUUGGUGUAAAUUAGCAUAUCAUAAUAAAGAAGCAUGUUUUAAUGUUGAUAAAGUUGGUGAAAAUUGUGAACUUGGUUUACAUAAAUCAAUUAUUGUACCACCAUCAUGGAUAUUAAAAUUACCAAGAAAAGGAAGUUUUAAAAGUAGUUUAAGAAAAUCACCAAAAAAAAUUAAACAAUCAUCAUCAAGUGGUGCAAGUGGUGGUGCAAGUGGUGUUGCAGGUGGUAGUGGUAGCUGUACAACAACAUCAAAACGUAAAAAAACAAAAAAAGAUAAUAUCAAUCAAGAUAAUAAUAAUGAUAAAAAAAGUGUUGUUGCUGUUGAUUAUAAUACAGUAUGGAUGAUUAAACCAAUACCAUCAUUAACUGUACAUCCAUUAUUGGUAUUUAUAAAUCCAAAAUCAGGUGGUAAUCAAGGUGCUAAAUUAUUACAAAAAUUUCAAUGGUUUUUAAAUCCACGUCAAGUAUUUGAUUUAACACAAGGUGGACCACGAAUGGGAUUAGAAUUAUUUAAAAGAGUACCAAAUUUACGUGUAUUAGCAUGUGGUGGUGAUGGUACUGUUGGUUGGGUAUUAUCAAUUAUUGAUUUAAUUGAUAUAUCACCAUCACCAGCUGUUGGUGUAUUACCACUUGGUACUGGUAAUGAUUUAGCACGUUCACUUGGUUGGGGUGGUGGUUAUACUGAUGAACCAAUAACAAAAAUACUAACACAUCUUGAUGACAGUGGUAUUAGAUUACUUGAUAGAUGGUCAUUAAAAGUAACACCAAAUCCAGAAGGUAAAAAUGAUGAUACAACUGGAAGAGUUAAAGAUAAUUUACCAUUAAAUGUUGUUAAUAAUUAUUUUUCACUUGGUGUUGAUGCACAUAUUGCACUUGAAUUUCAUGAAGCAAGAGAAGCCAAUCCAGAAAAAUUUAAUUCACGUAUGAGAAAUAAAGUUUUUUAUGGACAAAUGGGUGGUAAAGAUUUAAUUGUAAGAAGAUGGAAAGAUUUAUCUGAUUAUGUUACACUUGAAUGUGAUGGAAUUGAUAUAACACCAAAACUCAUUGAACAUCGUGUACAUGCUAUUGUAUUUUUAAAUAUUUCAUCAUAUGGUGGUGGUACACGUCCAUGGGCACCAAUGCCAGACACCAAAGAACCAUCAACUGAUGAUGGUUUAAUUGAAGUUAUUGGAUUAACAACAUUUCAAUUACCAUUAUUACAAGCUGGUGGACAUGGUACACCCCUGGCACAAUGUAGUAGAGCUGUAUUAUCAACAAAAAAAACCAUUCCAAUGCAGGUUGAUGGAGAAGCCUGUCGUGUGUUGCCAUCGAUAAUUGAGAUGAAUCAUUUAAAUAAAGCAACAAUGCUAACAAAACGUAGAUCAACACGUAAAUCACAUCAAAGUAUUGAUGUUAAAUUAGAAAAUUUAACUUUACCAUUAAUGAAAAUAAAAAUGUCUGAUUAUGAAGCAUAUAAUUCUGACAAAGAUCGUUUAAAAAAAACAGCAAUUAGAUUAAAAACAGAACCACUUGAACUUGAAGCAACAACAGAUCUUGAAACAUUACGUAAUAUAUUAUCAAAAGAAUUUCAAAUGGAUUAUUGUUGUUUUCUUGAUUCAUGUACUGCUGAAAGAUUUUUUCGUAUUGAUGUUGCACAAGAACAUUUACAUUAUGUCACUGAUGUUAUAUCAGAAGCAAUAUAUAUACUUGAAGAAGAUCCAAAUGUCAUUGCAGCAAUUAAAUCAGCACUUGAUGAUAAAAAUAAAGAUGAAGAAAUUAUUAAUCAAGUUAUACUACAACAACAAAAAAAAUUAACAAGUGAUUGCAAAAUAACAAGUGGUGAUAAACAAACAAGUACAUCACCAACAAAUAAAAAUCAAAAAACACCAACAAAAGAUAAUAAUAAUAAAUAUAAUCAAACUAAAACAUCACCAAAAGAAACAGCAUCAUCAUCAAAGUAUCUUAGUUCAGCUGAAAGAUUAUUUAGUUUAUCAGGAAAUGUUAAUACAACAACUUCUGGUUUAUUAGAAAAAACAACUGAUGGAAUUGUACAUUGUGCUAAAACUGGUGAUUUAAAAAAAAUUAAAGAUUAUCAUGACCGUGGAUAUUCUUUGAUGUCUAUUGAUUCAAAUGGUCAAACAGCAUUACAUAUUGCUGCUAAAAAUGGACAUCGAGAUAUUGUACAGUAUCUUAUUACUUGUGGACCACCAUCAAUGAUAAAUAUGCUUGAUAAUGACAAAGGACAAACAGCUUUACACAAAGCUGUACAACAUAAAAAUCGUUCAAUAUGUUGUAUGCUUGUUGCUGCUGGUUCAACAUUAAUUGUACGUGAUAAAUCUGGCAAAACACCAAGAGAUUAUGCAAAUGAAAUGGGUGAAACAAAUCUUGCAAUUUAUCUACAAAAUCAAGAAGAAUUUCAAAUGGUAGGAGGAAGUAUGCAAAAACUUCCUUGACCUCUUGAGGUUUGCUGAGGUUUUUCAUAAACGCCAAUUAAAAGUAUUUUUUAGAUUUUAAUUUUCACUAUUUUAAAAUAAAAAUAAAGCUACUCAAUUUAUCUGACAAAAAUCAUUUGAUUAUGUCUAGAUAUAAGUAAUAUAGGGGUCCAUUUAAAUUAUCCUCAAAUCUAUGUUGUCAAAUAAUGAAUAAUUUAAUAAUCAAUCAUAAAAGAUUGUCCUCUAUUUUUAAUUACCUCAAAUUAUUAAAUACAAUUAGAUUAUAAAUUAUGCUCUCCUAUAGAUAAAAAACUAUAUAUUAUUGGUAUUAUACAAAAACAACAACAACAACACGUAAAUUUUCGCUUUUUUUUUAAAUCCAGCGUUUGAUUGUGAUAUUAUUAAAGAAAAAAAAAACAAACUGAAAAUAUUUAUUUCGUCCUUUUAUAAAUGAUUAAUAAUAAUUAAUUAAAAAUUAACUUCGUGUAUAUUUAAAUGUUGUAAAAAAAAAAAAAAAAAUGAAAAUUAUUCGAAUUGUUAAUUAAUGUCAUCGAUGACAAAUUUAUUUAUUCAAAUAAUAACUCGAUCAAGAUAUAUUUAUGCGUAUAUUUAAAAAAAGUAUUAAAUUAGUGCCACCUUGAAAUUCAUCGAAAGAAAAUAAAAUAUAAAAUUGUUUAUUCGGUUAAAUGAAAUAAUUAGUAAUUAAUAAUAAAUUGUCACUUAAUAUUUGAUGAAUAAUCACUGGCGCAUUAUAUUUCAUAAUCUUUAAUCAAAUUUAAAUAAAAAAACAAUAAAUAUAUAUGUGUAUUAAAAAAAAAAACAAAUUAAAAAUAUGCAAGAAAAUUUACGAAAUAUAAUCGGUACCAAAUGAAAAAAAUGGGGAUCAAUGCAUGAACACCAAUUAGUUCUUAGAGGCGGUCUAUUGCUACUACUAUUACUAUAUUAAUAAUUAACAAAAAAAAAAAAACAUAAAAAUUAAAAAAAAAAUAUAAAAAAUAAAAUAAAAAAAAAAAACUGAAUAUACUUGAUAAUUUUAUUAUAAUUAAUUGGAGAAGGAAAAAUUCUGUAUUCGAAAAAAAGAUUUAAAUAUUUCUAGAGCUUAAAGACUUAUAAAUGUUAUUAUUAUUAUUAUUACUAUCUUUAUUUCAAGUAUGAAUACUGAAAAAUAAAAAAAGGCAAGAUGUAAAUUAUUAUCAAAUGUAUACGCUGGUUAAAAACAUGAUGAUAAUUAUUAUUAUUUGUAUAAAGAAAAUCUGAUGUUGAUGUGAAAAGAAUAAUUGAAUCAAUUGUUUUUCGACAUGCUGUAUAAAAUAGAUAUAUUAUUAUAUAAAGAAAAAGUAAUUUGUUUGGACAAAAGAUAUUUAAUUGAGGUCUCUGUCAUGAAUGAUAAAGAUAAUCAUUUGUGGUCUGUAACAAAAAUAAAAAUAUAUAUAUUAAAUGGGUCAAACAAACAUAUGCCUGGAUCGAAAUUAAAUCAACUUAUACAGAGUCAAAGAUAAAAAAAAAUAAAUUUAAAAAAAAAAGAAUUAUAUGAAAAACACAGUAUUGCCUUCCUAUUGGCAACGAUUCGGCCUGGAUUAUCGACUUUUUUCCUUUUACGUUUGUAUAGCAAUAAAAUGUCGGACAAUCAACGAAGAUAAUCCAGGACAAAUCCUUCGCCCUCUCAUACAUGAAAAUAAAAAAAUUAAAAAAAUGAUACUUAAUCCAAACUGAAACCAUUCAAUGUUUUUUUCUUUCUUUUUUAUAAUUUUUUUUCAUCACUUUCAUUAUUAUAUAGUAAUAAAAAAAGCAUAAUGUUUUAUGUGAAAAUUUAGCAAUGAGUUUUGUGAAAGAAAAAAUAUAAAAAUAAGCCAAGUUUUAUGCCAGAAACGUUCCCAAUUUCUUAGAGUGUUACAAUAUCAUUUUUUAUAAACUUUUUUUUCUUUUGUUUAUUGUAUUGUUGAGUGUAAUUAGAAUUUUUUUUUAUAUGAAUAUUUUGAAUAGUCACGAAAUUGCUUUUCAUUGACACUGAGAAAUAAAAGUGACAAAAAGGGGUGGUGGUUUCUAAAAUGAGACAUUUCAAACUAAUUAGGUCAAGAGAAAUUAAAUGUUUUUUAUUUACAAAAGAAUAUCAUUUCAAAUAAUGUCAAAAACUUAAUUUUUUUUCAUCAAAUUUUCUCAUUUCACAAAUUGGACAACGAAUUUUUUAAAUAUAAAAAUAAUUACUUGGUCUAUUACUUUUUAUUCAUACUCUAAAAUUAAAACACCAAGUACAACUUAAAAAAAAUUAAAUAAAUAAAUAUAAAUAUCGUAGUUAUUAUUAAAUAUUAAGAAUUAUAAACAUUUUGAAAUUAUAAUAAUAAUAAUAAUAUUUGAUUGAUGUUUCAUAUAAUUCUUCUUAAUUGACAAUUUUUUUUGAGGAGAAUUAAGUACUAAUAUUAUACUCAGGCCUGUUGAUAAUACCUUAAGAGAUUAAACUGAGUUGAAAGAAAAUAUCUACAAAAAUAUUGUUAUUAUUAUUUAUUGUACUAAGUUGUUGAUUUAAAAAAAAAAGAAAAUCAUAAUAAUAUAAUUAUAU